AUUGAAGAGAGCAACAAUGUAUUCGACCCGGGAAAUAGGAUGUUUUCUCGGCACGGAGGAAAAGUCAACUGGCGAGUGCGGUUAAUCAUCAGUCCCGAGAAAAAUCUGAAACCUCGUUUACCACGGCGGUGUGGAGACAUUGAAUCCUUUUCGCAAAUCCAUAGACAGCAAAAUCAUGGAUCAGGAACUCGACGACCCUUUAGUAUCCAAUAAGUUCUGCCCCCUAUGCGGGGUGGUUCUCCUAUGCGAAGGUUUUGAAGACAUCCCCGAGACACGGCGGCCAUGGUACGCCGAAGUACGUGCUGCGGCCAAGGAAGACCACAGCAACUAUAUCAUGACGGGGGUAGGUUUUCUUGACUCCCGCGAUACUCUCUGUGCUCCGUUGGACGAAGAGUUGGACUACCUCAACGCGACGGAGCUGGAGGAGGUGGAAUUACUGCGAGCGGAAUCGCAUCUGCACGGCUUUGGUCUCCAUGAUUCGUGCUGGAUGCUGCUGCAAGAUCGUUUGUGGCAUACGAUUGACUCAGAUGAAAUUUCCCAAUCUCUGUAUGAUCAGUUCUACUGUACCCCUUCGCCACUCCAGUCUAGUCUCCACUUCGGCCAUGACUAUGGGGGUGCUAAGCGUUGGCAAAGGGCGUAUGGCACGCCCAUGCCGGAGGACAUGCCACUGCUCUUGCAGGCGGAUCCAUAUGCGAUUCCACUACUGGAAAAGCUCGAAGAGAACGCUCCGGAUGUGGCUGUCGGAUGGGAAAAGCAGACGGUGCAUCAUACGUCGUCUACCGAUAUUGAUACUGGAUACUGUAACUCCUUCGGCCGACUAUCUUUAGAACUGCUCUAUGAGGUUAUAUCGUAUCUAUCAGUCCCCGAGCUGCUAAAUCUAAAGUGCACAAGUCGAGAACUUGCUCAACGCAUCGUAUUCUCCGGCCUACCACAAUCCUUUUGGAAGAGACAGUUUACUCCAGGCUAUGGAAUGGAUUUCCUCUUCCCUGAUCUAGAGCAAAAACGGGACUGGCUUCGUUUAUAUCGUGGCACAAUGUCGUUCCUUAAGGCUAAGGAUCAAUCGCCUGAAAGCCUCUCCUUGCUCAACCGCAGGAGAAUCCGUGCGCUCUUGGAACCCAUGGCAUCCGUUGUAGAAGCGGACAGCAGAAGAUCCAAAGACCCUCGCGGGCGCAGGGCUAACUGUCUUGAGUUUAGGCCUGGGCAUUGGCUGGUGUCAGAGGGAUUAACUCAAUGGCGUGCGGAAAAUAUCUAUACGGCAUACAUCAGUGUGGAGCCUGAGUUUCUUCCACAUGGGUGUCAUGUACCUCGCUAUCGACUCAGUACUUUCCCUUACCGCAUGUUGCAUGGUGGUCAAAUCAAAAUAUCAACUGUGCAACUAGGGGCACGGGCGUUCAUUUCAGGUAUCAACCAUCAUCCCCACGAUUCACAAGCGAGAGCAGAACUGGCCGUCGGACAUGGGGAGUUGACUGGUCAGACAACGAUCAAUGUGCCUGCUGGAGCCACGGCUGAUCGGAUCGAAGUUGCCUUUUGCCCUGAGGGCCUUCGAGGGAUCCGCUUUCAUUUUGGCGGAAACAUUAUAUCUGACUGGGUUGGGGAUACAAAAGAUAAGGACAUGAGCUAUGGUGCCCUGCGAAUCCCCCAUUCUUCUAGCGGAAUAUGUCAUAUUCUUGCUGGUACAGAUGCAUAUAAACUAACCGCUAUUGGAACAAUUCAUGAUGAGGCACGAGAUGAUACAUCUAGCAACCCCUUUUACCAUGACUAUCCUCUGGAUCUCACCCUUCCUGAUUCAUAUCUCUGGCAGUCUCAACGACCCAGCUAUGAUAACCUACGGAUUUAUCAAUUCCAGCCCGACAACGAAGGGACGCCCUAUCGCCCCUUGAUGAACAUCGACUUCGGAGGACCCGAUGGCAAAUGGCUUGAUUCACUUAUUGGCAUGGAGGUGCAUGUCUCAUCUGAGAUCUCUCCGAUCAUUGGAAUGACAUUCAACUACACUGAUAAAUCCUUGCCAUUCGGCACAGAUGCCUCUGGAGAGACAUUAACCUUUCAGAUUGAUGGGCCGGGGGGAGAGCGCAUCACCGAUGUUGUAGGGCGUAUAACUGGUUCGAGCGACUCCAGCUGUAUUUAUGGCUUAACGGUCAGGACAAAUCUCGGCCGAGAAAUGGAGUUCGAGCCUCGUAAUCGAUGUGACGGCUCCAGCAGCCCAGGCAUAUUUUGGCCUACUAGGGGAGGCCUUGAUGAGCGGCCUCGGGAAAGCAUUAUUACUGGAUUUAUCGCCACACAGCACGUGAGUAAAAUCAUCCAAACUUUGGUGUUUUCAAGUGCUUACAGACAACAGUGGGGUGGGAAUCACUUUGUAGAGUUGGGGAUUCAAGUUCAAUUGGUCGCUGGGUCUGACCAAUGCUGAGGUGCAUGACAGCUAUACUGAAAGGCGGAUCUAGCUGCUUAGAUGCAAUUUUAAAGUAGCAUGAUGCGGCUUAGCAGUCAAUGCUACUAAAGGAGUGAUCGGCAUGCUCUCUUGGAUGUUACCGUAACUACCUGUACUAUUUAUCAAUUCUGGGCUGGAGAUUAACAACACCCA